AUGCCUUCGUACAAGCACACGCCGCUAGAGACGGUACUUUCGGAUGCAUUUAGGCAUCGCAUGAGGUUGGAGGAGGUGGUUUGUUUGGAUUCGCUCCAGUACGUGAAUAUGGACCUGUUGAUGAAUGACGUUCGCGGCACCUAUUUCGGUUGGGCGGAUGGGCAUGCCUUUCAACAUGGCAUAGCUGAAGACGACGGCUGCACCAACUUGUACUUACAGCUUGGGUGGCCGGACGGAGUUGGCUUGAGCAAAAGCAGUACGAUUCCUGGGGAAAUUGUCCAUUGGCAAAGUGAAUGGAGGUUGCGGGCCCAGUAUCACCUCCCAAUGCGCUCUAUGGUGAUGCUGCAUGUCGGACAAGGCACAACACUCAAGGUGUGGCUUGGGUUCGUCAAAGUAAACAGAAAGCUGCCGACCAUCGACUCGCUUCACGAGCUGCUUUAUGGUGACAUGGCUUGCUCUAUUCUGAAAUGCGAUGUGAUAGCUUUGUAUUUGACUGAUGUUUUCAUAGCUCCAGACGAUGUCCAGAACUUUCGCUGCUUGCUCACACGAGCCAUGAAGACAACUGAUGCCAACGAGUAUGUGUUCAACGAGGAUGAUCCAUCACUCCUCAUUCGGCAGAUACCGGCACAGCUGGUAAAGAGUGCUGGUGAUGGGCUACGCCACGUCACAAUGCAUGCAAUUCUGAAGCAGGAAGUCUUGCUGCAUGUCGACGGCAGCGACGUGGAUUUGAUGCUGCUGGGCGCGAAUCUCGACACAGACGACGAGUCAAAGCUCGGACAGUUGCAAGCUUUGGAACGGAUGCUGAACGUCUCAAAGCGUGGCAGUCAGAAGUUUGCAGCAUUGAUCUGGGGAGACUUCAACAAUCGAUUGGUUGCAUUCGAGGAUAUGAAGGGCCAUGUGUCAGAGAAGAAGGGGAAGUUCGAACUCACUGAAAGCGGCGCACGCUUUCUGGUAGACUGCUUUACUGAUCCGGCCAAGCGCUUGGAGCUUUUGAAGUUUUGGUUAACGAUCGAUGCUGCCCUGGACUCCCGGCUUGAAGUCCCGUGGCCAUUCUACAGGGUCGAGCCCUUCGAGGCCAUGCUGGGAGCUCAACUAGGUUGCCGGUUGAGCCUGCUGGAUCUCGUCUCCUUCAGCCGACUGGGCGAUGUUUCGCAACAUUGGGCUGGCAGGAGAGGAGGUUCAGCUUCAAAUGACGGGGGCGGCGCACAGGCGUUACACACGGAGCUGCUUUCGGCAUACUUUAAUUGGAAGGAGGAUGGAAAGUGGCUUCAGCGAAAAAUUAAGACGGAAGCUUCCGACAAAGAUUCGGAGCGACAUUUUUUCCAGUUUGGAUGGCUGGAUAGUGUUGGCUGGUAUAAGCACAGCACUUUGCAGAUUGCUUUGGCCUCCUAUGAGACCGUGCCUGACAUUCAAGCUUUUGACCAUCUGCCCAUGAUCGCGACAAUGAGAGUCACUGCGUGA